UGAUCUGUGUGAACUGUCAGGAUGCCUGAACCCGCCAAGUCCGCGCCCAAGAAGGGCUCCAAGAAAGCCGUGACUAAGACCGCCGGCAAAGGAGGCAAGAAGAGGAGAAAGAGCAGGAAGGAGAGCUACGCCAUCUACGUGUACAAGGUGCUCAAGCAGGUCCACCCCGACACUGGCAUCUCGUCCAAGGCCAUGGGCAUCAUGAACUCCUUCGUCAACGACAUCUUCGAGCGCAUCGCCGGUGAGGCGUCUCGCCUGGCUCACUACAACAAGCGCUCCACCAUCACCUCCAGGGAGAUUCAGACCGCCGUGCGUCUCCUGCUGCCCGGUGAGCUGGCCAAGCACGCCGUGUCCGAGGGAACCAAGGCCGUCACCAAGUACACCAGCUCCAAGUAAACACACUGCUCAUUCUGG